AUGACUGUGUUCCUUACCGAUGACGGGGGCGAGGAUGAUGAUUCGCCUCUCGUGUCGCUCCGUACGACUGUACUGCAAGCUUUGGGCCAGGGACCUGCUCGAUCUACACCGCAUCUUACUAUUGGCCAAUCGCAAGGCAAUCCUCUGCUAUCACAGUCGUACCUCCUAGGCAAGGCGCGUUUACUGCCUGAUAUGCGGUUCCGCGUCGGCACGCUUGCUAUCCUGAUUCGCGAGAGGACGACUGGCACACACCCAACGGAUCACAUGAGACUGUAUGGAACUAUCGACAUCGGGUCUCCGGAAGAUGUCUGGAGACCUCAUAGCUCGGACUACUGGGUGAAAGCACCCAGCUCAAAUCUGCCUACGGUUCAAUCUGAUGGCGACAGAGGUCAGCAAGAGACGGCUUCUGACGAUCACGAAAUGCUAGCCGAACCAGCACUCUGCUUUGAUCCAGUCGAAUACAAAUGGUCAGCAUACACAGGUGAAGACAAGAGCGAGGCUGAAGUCAAGGAAAUCACUGUUUCGAGCUACAACGUCCUGGUAGAUACCGAGUAUCCGCCAGACCAUGAUCGUGAUCCGUUGAUUAUCAGCACUAUCCUGUCCGAGUCAGCGAUAGCCGACGUACUAGUGCUACAAGAAGUCUCCGAUGACUUCCUUAGUCAUCUACUGCGGCUUUGUCCGGAUGUGAAACAAAUCGCCCAAAGGUAUCCGUUUGUUUCGCAUGGACCACCCAGGCAGAACGAUCUCGGCCCCCUUCCUAGUUUGCGCAACGUCGUUAUUCUAAGUCGCUAUCCGUUUCGCUGGCACUCGGUUCCCUUCCAUCGCAAACACAAGAGUGCUCUUGUUGCACAGUUCAGAGGCGUAGCGACGUCUAGCUCUGCGGCUUCAGAGGGUCUGGUUGUUGCUGGCGUGCAUCUGACUGCUGGCCUUACUGACGGCUCGGUUGCUACCAAGAAAUCUCAAAUGGGGACUCUAAUACGUUACUUGGAGCGACACUACAGACACGAACCAUGGGUAAUUGCCGGCGACUUUAACCUCGUCACGUCGACCUACACCAUCGAGACCUCCGCGAAGAACCAGUCCAUAUCCAGCGAGACUGUAUCCGCACUAUCAGCAAUCGAGAGUGAGAUUCGGGAAGCUGGGUUGUCUGAUUCAUGGUCUGUCGCACGUGUCGAAGGAGUGGACCAAACAAGUGUUACUGAGCCUGGUGAUCUGUUCGAGGGUGAAGAGGGAGCAACGUUCGACCCCCAGAACAACCGGCUUGCUGCAGGGACAACCACCACUUCGCAUGAUCGGCCACAACGCUACGAUAGGAUAUUAGUCCGGCCGCAAGAAUCGCUCCGUAUAGCCCGCUUCAACCAUUUCGGCGUUCCGGAGAUGAUUUACGGCGAGCAGGUUGUUGCUAGUGACCAUUACGGCGUGAGAGCAAGGAUUCGAUUGAUGGAUACGGCGGUAUUGAACGACAGGAGUAAGGAUAUGUCGUCAGAACAGCCUAUCGUUGAAUAUAAGCGAGCAACGGGAGCCAUGACAGACACCGCGAGCUUACAUUCUGUGCUUGAGGCACAUGAUAUGUUCCCAAACGAGAAAGAAGUGAACGACUGGCGCGAAGCAUUCGCCAGCCUCCAGAACAUCUUACUUGGUACAUCGGACGAUGCGAACCCAGUGCAGUCUGACAUACCGUUGGUCAUAGUACCGGUUGGCUCGUACGCGCUGGGUGUAUGGACGCCAGAUUCAGACAUUGACUGCCUUUGUAUUGGUACCAUCAGCUCGAAGACCUUCUUCAAGCUUGCUCGGCAACGACUUACCAAAGCCGAAAGUCAAGGUGUUAGGAUCUUGCGGAAGGUCGAAGCUAGUACAGGCACCAUGCUCGAACUUUCUGUCAACGGGAUACUCAUGGAUUUGCAAUACUGCUCUGCGCCUCAGGUCGUCGAAAGGUGGCACGAGUUCCGCAACAUUCCAGCAUCCGACCCCAUCUUCAACCUUUCUGUACUUUCACUUCGCAAACUCAAGCCUUACCGCGAUCUACUCUACAUUCAACGUACAUUGCCCUCGCCUUCUGCGUUCCGCCUAGCUUAUCGUUGCAUCAAGCUAUGGGCUAUUCAGCGUGGCAUCUAUAGUGCGAAGUUCGGUUUUCUUGGCGGCGUCCAUAUCACGCUCAUGCUUACCUGGAUCUGCAAAAAGCUUGGACAAGACUCUGGCUCAGUCACAGCUGCAGACAUAGUCGCGAGUUUCUUCCAUUAUUACGCUCACUUUGACUGGACGAACGACAUCGUCUACGAUGCUAUCCACCACAAAAAGCGACCGCGUUACUACCGCAGCACAAGAGAGCCAAUGGUAGUGCUGGGCUACCACGCACCCAACUCUAACAUCGCCCAUACGGCUACUGUCCCUGGCUUGCAGUUGUUAGUCAAGGCUUUCAAGACCGCGGAACAGCAGCUAUGCAAGCUAGGGAUGACGUGGGAGGCGUUCUUCGGUGCACCGUCAACUUCGGAACUAGCAUCAAAUCUCCCGCAUGGGGUUGCAGACUUUCUCCGCGCUUACAACAGUUUUGUCAAAGUUGAUAUACAGUUCUGGGGCCAAACGUUGGCGAAGGGCAAAAGUUUAGUCGGCUGGGUCGAGUCUCGGUGCAUAUCACUCGUCAUAGACAUCCACAAAGCUAUACCCAACUCAGGAGUACAGAUCUGGCCGGCCCGCUUCGUUGAUGGCAGUUCGAAAGAUGUCAGCGAUGGCAAAGAGUAUCAAGGGAGUUACCUAAUUGGAAUCUCAAAAGCUGAGAAGGCCGUCUCUGUGAAGAGUGUGGAGGAAAAGCAAGUGGCGAAAGAGGCUCUGGAAAAAGUACUGGAUCGUUUCUUGACGCAGCUGCAAACGGACGAGAAAAACUUCGAUUCAAGUACGUCUUGGAUUGAUGCCUCGAUAGUAAGAUCUAGCGAAGUCAAAGACUUGGAGUUGGAUGAUCGGGAGUGGGGUAUCUAUGCUGCAGAGAUGGAUUCAGACUCCGACGACGACGAAGAUAUAGUUGACAAAGACUUUGAAGAUGCUGAUGAGAUAAAGCCCCAGCGUGCCAUACCUCAGCGUCCAAAGCCUACUUCGACACCUUUGUCGAGAACCAAACUACGUCCUGCCUCUGACGUUCUCAAUCGCCUACGCUGGGAUCCGAGUCUUGAUCCGAGUGAUUACAUUAUUGGAUAUGAAGACCGCUUCUUGGGCGCAAAAGAGACUGGACUUGAAAAGUGGAAAACUGAGCAAACGGACGAGGAAUUCAUACCUCAGCAUCGGAUACUUUACUUCAAGAAGAAGGGUAGUAAGGACGGAAAGGGUGAUGUAGUGUGGGAGAGGGCGACUAGGAUAGACAAGGUUUUUGGUAGUGGACUUGGUAACGGAGAGUGA